CGUAGCGAGCGGAUGCGUUUGGGGACGAACUCCGCGUGUUUAUCCUGCGAUAGCGAUUUAUUUGGAAGGGGGUUCGCCCAGUCGAUUGGACGCACGCACGCAUUCGGCAUCUUUCGCCGCAAGGUCGGGCUUUUGUGCACGGGUAUUCGGGACGAUGCAAUUUUCGGCUGUCUCCGGGGCCGAAGGUGUGUUUAUCGAGUGAUGAUUGAUUGAUUCGGUUGCGGUGUCAACGUUUCGAAUUUGUGAGUGGUGGACUUCACGAGAGUUUACGGUGGAAAUUUGAAUCGAAGUUCAAGGAUCAGUGUGUAGAUUCGGAAGCGUCUAUUCCGGGUGGGUGGAAUCCUUUUGGGUGGGAGUGCAAAGGAUGUGAGUUUUAGAGAGUGAGUUUUCCUGUUGCCAGAAUUUUUGGGAAAUCAACAGAGAAUCGUCGCCGGUUUGGAACCGUGGAGAGUGCUCUCUUUCUCUUUCCUAGGAUCGGAUUCGUUUUUUUCUUCUGGAAAGCCUACCUUCAGGGGAGUACAAAGCUAAUUAUUGCACAUCGUUCGAGGGCAGCGGAAAAGUGAAGAAGCGCGCGCAAAAAGCCGCAUUUUCCGGUGGAAAAGUGCUGUGGGAGUUACAAUUCCCUUUGCUUGGUGGUGUCUUGUGUUAUAUUGUGCUGUUAAUCGAGCUACAAACGGGUGACUGGGAGAAGAAAAGAGGCGCUGGAGUGAAUUUGAAAAGUUUCAUUACGGAUGCCGCCUUCCUGAAUAACUUGAGGUGUUAACUAGGAAACGUGUGGGUGUUGCAGCUUUUGGGUGAAAUCAACCCUUUGAGGAGAAUUCUAGGAAGCUUCAGUCGGUUGAUCAGAACUUGCGGUAAAAAAUUCGGAUUAAAUCCUGUUUGGUGAAAAAGGUCAGAACGAGGGUUUCGUAAUAUUAACUACUAAGUGAAUGUAACAGGAUUAUCCGGGAUAACAUUUUCUCAGAAAGUUAGCCGGAAAAACGUAGAAAAAAAAGCAAAAUUAAUAACAGAGGCUUAUGUUGGGAUGUAGGUAAGCCCGGCUUUUCGGCCUCCAUGAAUCCCAUACAGUCCGUAUUGCUGUUUUCGGCGAAUUGUUGUGACCUUCAGUUUAUCGAUUUCCAGUUUGGCCGCAGUAUUUUUCCUGAAUGUGCAUCGUAGGCAAAACGAGGAAGCAAUUCAAGAAAAUAAAACAAUGUCAACAACUUCUCCCCUCGUCAUUUUUUCGAGUGAAAUUUAAUCCUCUCGAAAGCCGUUAAUGGGAAUUUUAAAAAUAAAAUCAACAGUACAAGCGCUCAUCAUCCAGUCCAUUAUCAACCCCAGACUACAAAGUAAUUAAAGUGCAUAAAUUUCCGCAAAUUGAGCUGAAACAACAAAUAAAAAUCUUCAUUUUUUCAACUGUAAGAGUGUGGGAACAAAUCCUCUUCUCUCUUUAAAAUCAAUACCAAUUUAUUGAAAAUAAAAUUGUUGUUCCAAGCCCAAAGAGGAGGCAAAAAAAGUUAUCAGUGAAAUUUCGUGUUUGCAUAUUCGUCCAUUUGGUGUGAUCGACAGUGAAUGUGCUUUUUUACGUCGAUGUGUGCAAAAUAAACAGCCCAUCCAUCGUGAAUUUCAAAUAAAAGAGGGAAAAGUAAUACCAAUAUUGUGCAUCUGCCGGGGAUCCAUAUAUGUUUUUCCUCAAAUAAAAAAAAAGUUACAACCCUGUGCAAAAAGAUAACCUACGGUGAAAAGUUGGGAAGUUGUACCUUUGUAAAAUAAAAAAAUAGAAGAAAAAAUAGAAUACAGGUGCAUUUGGUGCUGCAUUGAAUCGGGAAGCAACAAAAAAAAAAGGAAUAAUUUUCACUCGACUGCACCAGCAGCAGCCCAGCUCAACCAUAUGGAUUAUUUUGCCAUUUCGACUGUGCCGGACAGCGCCCGUCGAGGUAUUCGUGAAAAAAUAAAGAAAAACCUGGCGAAUUGGAUGCAGUUCGGAUUGUGAAUUUCAAUUUCUGCGGCAACAUCGGUGGAAUAUUUUAGCCUCGAAUCUGUUUGUUUACAGCAGCAGCAGCAUCAACGGCGAAAGAAAGACAGACAGCCAUCCACCUACACAUCCGCCUUUGUAUACAAACUUGGUGGUCUGAACACGUACGUUUUUACUUUGUUGUUGUUGGUUCUACUGAAUGGUGAAAGGCUAGCAAACGACCAAACGACCCGGAAGUGAAGGAACACCCAAGUGUGUGUGUAUUUGUGUGUGCGUGUAUUUAUGCCCCUGUGAGUGUGUGUUUCGGCACGACGCCGUGUGAAUAACAGAACUGAACGAACAGAUCUUCCGGUUCCGUCCGGGUAUCUAAAAGUCUGCUGAAUGGAAACGAACUUUUCCGGAGAAAGUCCACAGCAGCUUUAAUGAAGAAUCAAAAUUACAAAGCAGCGGCAGGAUAAAUGAUCCUCUAAGUCAAAAGCUGUCUUGAUCUUCUGCGUGCGCGACAAUUUAGCAGCUGCUGCAGCAAUAUCAUUGCACCUCUACUACUGCUGGUGCUGGUGGUUUGACUAAUCCGGAUGUGGACACAAACUCCAGUUGGCAAUAAAUAAGUGUCCUGGUGGUGCCGCACGGAUUUGGGAAUUGGUGGCUCCAGAGAUAACCGCAGGUGCUGCAAGUGAAGAUGUGAAUACACAGUUCACUAUUCAAAACGUCUCACAAAUUGGAUUCAAUUUGAAACGGUAUUAAACACUGUAAAGUAAAACAGUCGUCGAUCGCCAGCAAAAUGCCGCCAACAUAUCAACGAAGGUUCAGAAGAAAUGAUUUCAAACCAAAAACGUAGCCUCGGUUACGGCUAUCAAAGCUCUGCUCUGUUGUGAAAAUUGUAUGUAAUCACGAUAAAAAUCAUCACAGCAUCUAGAAUAGUUUUGUUUUGCUCGAAACUCCAUCGACUGAUCACUGCUGUCUCAUAACUUUACUCUAGUUAGGAAACCGAACGGCUACUCAAAAAGCUCAAAAAAAGAUCAUCUAGAACCGUAACGCAAGACUAGCUUAUCCCGUUCGUGACUCACAAGAAAACAAGGAAACGAUACUCAAGAUGUCGAUCACCGGUUCUCUGGUCGGCUACGAGGGAGGACAUUCGGAGGGACCAACGUCCAAGAAGAAUCGCUCGCUGCUCAAUCUUACCGCCACCUCAAACGCCUCGUCAAAGCAAUGCCAAAGUCUGAACUCGAGCAUAUCCAACAGUGUGAUACAACCGAACGUCCACAAUAAUAGCGUGGCAUCUUCCGGAAACCAGCAGCAUCGGCACUUCCGGGAUGGUGGCCACGCCAAGAAACCUCGCCGGUUGCAUCUGAACACCCUUUGGUCCGUGUGGUACGGGGUACUGAUCACUCUGCUGCAAGCCUAUCUGAUACUGCAGGGUGCCCAUCGAUAUUUGGGACUUUCGGCGCUAAGUUGGAAGUACGAGAAACCCACCACCGAACUGGACAUCCAGAUCGUGUUUUGUGGAUUGGUGGUGCUGUUUUUACCGCUGCUGCUGGCAGCAGCCAUGUUCCGGGUCGGCAAUCUGGCCAACGACGGCAUCAAGCUGGCUUCCGGAACGAGACUUUGCUCAUCGGCUCCCACCGAUGGCCUGGAGGAGGAGGCCUUCGAGGGAACCUUACGCGCUCUUUGGAUUCAUGGCGGACCAACUUCGGCUUUCAUACAUAUCAUAACUGCAAUCUGUUUGCUGCUGCCCCGAUUGCUGCUGGAAGCAAAGGUCAUCGAAAAUGGACUUCUCCCAAAAGACGACAUCUGGCGAACGGAUUUGGACUUCAUGGUCACCCACAACGACCGUCUGGUGGUGCUGUCCUUUAUGACAUCAACAUAUCCGAACACAACCUCUAAGCCGUCGAGCUCCAGCGAUGGACGCAAUCGAAGACCAUAUCAGAACGGCUACUUCGAACAAAGCGACCUGGUCGAGAAGUUCUCGGCCUAUGAAGGAGACGACCGUGAUGACGAAGACGAUGACAGUGACGAUUUGGACGAUGACGAUGAUCCGUUCCGAACUCACGAAGCCUUGGAAAUGGAACGUCACGAUUCGGCUUCGUCUAUUUCGAUUUCAACUAUGGAAAAUUUUAACGUGUUAGAUAACCCAACCACGACGCAUACCUUUCCCCCGAUACGCAAUCUGCUGACUACUACGACUGAGGCUAGCACAACGGCGACAACUUUCACGACUACGACGCCGCUAGCUGUAACGACCCGUCCAACAACGCUCAAGAAAAGCAAAAGCAGUAGCCGCAAACAAUCGAGCAAAUCGAAUGGAUCGAGAAAGGAGAAACCGUAUCAAACGAAUCAACAGCGCUUCGACGAUGUAGACACUCGCCUGGAGCUGGAACCCCAGAAGGAGCUGGACUUUGAUGAAAUUGCUGAACACGAAUACACGACACUGUUUGAGGUGAACCACAGCAAGCAAAAGCAACCGGGAGGCCGAAAACUAGUUCCGUCCGGUACAGCAGCGACCAACAAUGGAGGUGCUUCGACGUCCACCACUGUUGCCACGAAACCGUCCCCGAAGGUUCAGAGCACCAAGAAAACUGCUACCACUUCCAAAGAUAGCGAUACACAUAUCAUCAAACCGAUGAGGCUACCGGAGAACGUUAUUCCUUCGACUCCGGUGACGACAAAUUCUAAAAUAAUCGAAAUUAAACCGAGUACAACCGGAGCAACGGCUAAGGCGACACCGAAAAAGAUCAAACGAUACACCUCCGAAAACUAUAGCAGUGAAAGUUUGGAGAGUCUGGAGAGUAUACCGAGUGUAGAUGAAGAUGAGUUCAUCAUAAAAGAUGAAAACGGAAUGGAAAUUAAACCGGCGUUUCUGAUUGGAACAGUUCCCGGUAACAUCAGUACCGGGACUGUUCAGCUGGAAGGUUUUGCGGGAUUGUUACAGAUGUUCCUGGGAGUCGAUCAACAAUUCAACGCCAAACGCUGGACCCAGACCCCUAGUCUGGAGUUUAUUAAUUUGGCAAUCGCCCUGAUGGCGUGGGCCGUUCGCUACCCAUCUGUGUUUUGGCACACUUCAAAAAUGUUCGCUUGGGUUUUUAGUUUGCAGAUGAUCGCCAAUGGGGUGGACAUUUUGUUGAGCUUUGCCGGUGCGAGUGUUCUGUACAAGCUGCAAACGUUAGGGCAGGCUUUGCCACUGCAAGCUCCGGCUCUCAUAUUGAAUGGAACGGUAACGAUUGCGUUGACUAUUUUGGCACUGAUCUUAACCAUCGCCUCGUCGAUGGUUCUGUAUUUGUACGGUCACGGGAAGUUAGCGGUGAAGAUCCGGGACCGUAGAUUGAUCACCGCAAAGCAGAGUACCGAUGUGUGGGCUUACUUCGCCCACUGUUCGUCGUUGUGUUUCGUGUUGGCACUGGCCGUCGUUAAGGCUCCGCUGCUGCACGAUCUGAGCGCAGCGUAUCGCGGAAGUUUGGACGGGGCUGUAUUGGCUGCAGCUCUUGGAUCCGUUCUUCACCUGUUUCUAUGGAUAGUCCUGUGGCUUGCUUUAACAGCAAAACGUCGUUGGCACUUCAAGCUUCCACCGCUGGAGGCUAUGGGAGGUCGAACGGGGUCCGCUCAACCUCUGCUCCGAGGUGGAUCCGGUAAUGGUGGAUCGUUGAUGCGAUCGUCCAACGGUAAAAACAACGGGGACAGCAACGGUGCCACCAGUAGCGAGGAAGAAACUGUCUACUGGCCCAAGAUUGCACCCAAUUCGCCAAAGUUGAAAGUAACCUUUAACGAAGUAACCAGUACGUCAUCCGACCAAGCCCACGGGCACGAUCACGAUGGCAAGCGCCAUCCGCCCCUUGGAGCCACGAUACGUUUGUCCAGUGUUACGGGGGAAACUGACGACGGAGACUAUGCUACGCUAAGAGGUGGCCCAACCGGUGAUUUGCUACAUAUCGGCGAGUUCGACGAUCAUCCACCACCGCCGGAAGAAAUGCUACUCAAUCCGGGUGGUCACAACGAGCACGCCGACGAUACCUCCGAAGAAGGAAAACUUCUCGCCUGCGUACGCGAUGACAGUGUCACCUACGCCUCAACUAGAGACCUGGAACCACCCAUCGCUCGUACCGUAUCUCGAGAAACAUUCAUGCGAUCACCGGAACAACAACUUGGUAGCCCAUUGGCUCCCGUCACCGUCACCGUACACAACAAUGAACAUGUGGCCCCAGGAAUGACGCCACGUUGCCUGCGUCGAGCUGAUUCAGGAAUGCCCAACGAAGCUUUAACACCCCGAUCUGACACAACUUCAACGGAGAGUUCGACUUCACCGCCGGACUGCCGAGACGCCCCUUCGGAAACAUCCAGUGGAGUUCACUCCGGGGAGGAACGCGACGAAGUGGUUAUCCGACCGAGAUCUGGACCCUACAAAUCGAUCAUCAAACCUCCGCCGCCGGCCAUCCAAGAGGAGCCCUUCGGUCGUUCAACCAACAUGAAAAUGUCCAGCUUCAACAAAGACGGCUCGAGUGCUACCCUGCCACUUACCCGAGGUUCCGUCGAUCUUCACCGAUCCGACUAUCCCCAGUGCAGUACCAUGCCUCUACCGGCAGGCUACCAUCAUCAGCCACAUCACUACCACUCGCAAUCUUCCUUCACGACUUCAAACUCUGCUUCCCGGACGCAACUUCAACAGCACACAACGCUUCCGAACGGAGUCCGAUACUCCAACAGCAACAAUCAGUUCCUCAAACGCAUGCCAUACAUCAAAACGGCCGAGUCACCGUAUGGACAUCUGGGUCUCGGCAGUGGUCAUCACACUUUCUCCAAACUGCUUCACGACCCACUAGCGAUGCCCAACAGCUCUCCGCCAACUCAUUCGCAGUCCAGCCAUUGCACCUUCACUCCGAUUCCGGAGGACCGCGACUCGGCCAACUACUCCAUGAUCUCGGAUCAGGAUCGGGAAAUGUACAUAAACGCCGGGCAGAUCAACUCGAUACAGUAGCGAUCACAAAUAAACGUGUAACUAUAAGCACCGAAUCGUUAUGAACAGUAGAAUAAUUGCUAUUAAUGGACGCUACUACGCCUUCGGUACGAUUAAGUUUCAAGAAUUAUAUGUUAAACUCCGAGUGGACCCACACGAAUCAGCAGAGGAAGCACGCCGCACAAUUAGUUUUAAAAGCUACCUUAACAGUAAUUUAGUUUAAUUUUUGGACAUUUGUAUAUUCAAAUUCUUCCCCCACAACUAAACGAGCUCAUUUUGUACAUAGUCGUAUGUAUUACUGUUUAUUGAACGUAUUGAAAGGUAUGCUGAAAGGCUGCAAGCUAUAGGAUAUUCAUCGCCUUUACGAAUGCAUUCAACACUAUUAUAUGUAUGUAUGUAUUCUCAAAUACUCUUUAAACCAUUCAAUGUUACAAAUGGAACGCUUGUGCUGUACACGAAACUAUUUUGAACCUGAGCUUGUAGUCGAUGCAUUAUUAUCCCUAGCCUCUACGUCAGAACCAUUGAAGCGCAGCGAAUCAUUUGGGAGGAAGUUGAGUCUUUGCGAAGAGGUGUUUGCGCGAUUGACCUGAAUUUUACAUGAGAAGUUCAAAAAACUGAAUUAUUCAAAGCUUAUGGCCCUUUUGAGACCAGCCCUGUAGUCAAAAUCCUUCAGCUGCACAGAAGUUAACAUGCAGAACAAAAUCUCUGUUUACUUUCAAACCUACAAUCAAAACGGAGCUCAAUUCAAAAACAGGUAUAACUAACAGAUUCGAUCGGUCGGUGUCUGUCUUAGUGAACUCUGGUCAACGCCAUCUUGAAUAAACUAUAAACUAAAGAAUUUUUUUUAUCUUUAAUUUUUGUUCCAUUGAAACGAAAAGGAAGCAAUGACAAUUUGCAAAACGUUCUUCUAACGUGAAAUAGAGGAAGUAUGAAUUUUCAAAAACACCUUUGGGCCCGAACAACACUCCAUCUACGUUCUAACGGACAAUGCGUCGGAGCCUUUAGAUAAACUAAAGACGCUUACUUAUCUUUACAUUUUUGUUCAAUUGCCUCGAAGAGGAACAAAGGCAACUCACAAAACUUCCUUCUAACGUGAAAUAGAGAAAGAAUAAAUUUGUAAAAUCCCUUUUGGUCUUAUAGAUUCGCCUUCUACGUUUCAGUGAGUAAUGAAUUUUUCACACCUCUUCGCUACUGCAGGGUGGCCACCCAAACGGGAAAAACGGGAAAAGCGGGAAAAAGACGGGAUUUGAAAUCCAACGGGAAAAAAGCGGGAAAAAGCCGGGAAUUUUUUCAAAAAGUCGGGAAUUUUAGGCUCAGUGAAAAUCUGUUCAAUGAAGUUCAUUCGAAAUAGGUCGAAACAAAUGGAAAUGGAUUGACAGUUGAUCACCAGUCGCUUUCCAAUUGACUCCGACACGAAUUCUAUCAGGUCAAAACGAAUUCUCCUGACGAACUGGAAGUGUUUCGAUUAGUUUGAACUUGCUUCAUUGAACAACAAAAAGAUGUUCCCGAACAGCCAGAUUGCUAAUCGAAUAGAAAUGGGAAGAACAAAAAUAAGCUAUUUGAUUCCACACGGUAUUGCUCUCUAUUUUUUGAAUGAAGUUUUCAAUUUACAACAGAAUUGUAGCGAGUUCGUAUUGGGAUUUGACGAAACGUUGAAUAAGAUUUUGCAGAAGCAACAAAUGGAUAUUAGUGUGCGCUUCUGGAACACAAACCUAGUUGAAGCAAGGUAUAUUGGUUCUACAUUCUUAUCGUUGACGCGCUCGAAUGACCUUUUGAAUGGCGUGAAACACAAAAAUAAAUCUCCUACCUCCUGGAAGCGUACGAAUUGGAUUCUCAACAAAAUCGGCAAUUAAGAAAGCAAAAGAGUCUGGUCAUGUUUCCGACAAGGAUAUCAUUGUAUUCAGAAAUAGCUGUAGUUCGUUUUACUGUGGAUUUUUGAAUAAAAUGGCAAUACGAUCUCCCUUGACUUAUCCCAUCCCGAUAUGAUUGCACACUAUACAGGUAUUGCCAAAAAAAACGUUUAGACCUGUGUCUAGAAGUACUUGUUGACAAGCAACACUUAAGUAGAGCUUGUGCUGGUAAAAUUAAGGACGAAUUCAGACAAUUGUGUGUAAUACCUUCAAUAAAAACAUCAUUUCGGGAUAUCGAAACACAACGAUUCGUCAAUUUUUGGAUGGAACUUAUGGGCGAAUCGAAAAAGGAGUUCUUCAAUUUAACGACCUUAUUGCAGAAAAUUCUAAUUUUGUCUCAUGGCAACGCGACGAUAGAAAGAGGCUUUUCAGGGGAUCAGGGGGAGUUUCAGCUAUAACGGUAACGAAAUCGUUAAUCCAGGAUGCAUGGUCUCAAUUCUCUCCGUAAAAGCCAAAAAAAGGAGGAAAAUCUGAAAAAACUAUAGCGAAACGGGAGCGAGAGGCAGAAAAGGAGAGUAAGGAACUGGAAGCGAAAAAAUUGAAGGUGCUUUUCGACGCUCAGAAAAAGGCAAGCUUGAUGGACGAAAAAAUUAAAAUACUUAAAAAUAUAUGACAAACAAAUAAAAUUGAAAAAUGAUAAUCAACAUUUUCGAAUCGAGUGACAUAGCUUUAGAAAAUUGAAAAAAACCCUGCUUAUCAAUCUAAUGAUUUACAGGUUUAUUGGUAAACAUAACUGAAACAAAACCAUCUAAAGAUCAUUUACCAUUAAAAGAAAGCUUAAUCGAUUUUCGUUUAUAUGGUUUCAAAAAUGAAUAUUCGGAAUUUUGUUUGGUUUUCUGUUGUAUAAAACCGGGAAUUUCGUGAGAACAUGCGGGAAAAAAACGGGAAUAAUGCGGGAAAUUAAAAAUUGAUUUUGAGUGGCCACCCUGCUACUGCUAGAUUCGCAUGCAGUGCACCAAAUUGAAGCAAGAACCAACGUUAAAAAGCAUAUCCUAGAACAAGCAAAACGAAGCAAAAACGUCAUCAUAUCUCACCAGCCCACUGAAUGAAGCAAACAAUAUCUCUAGAACGAAAAUUAAAAGUAACUGAAAGGAAACAAGCGAUUGCCAAAUCAAACAGAUAAAGAAACGAAAACUGUAUAUUUUGAUCUUUGGAAACAGAAAUAGAAUGUUUUAAUGUCAUCAUCAGGAACGUGCUAAGAUGCAUGAUUCAAAUCGGACCAGACGUCUACAGACCAGCCAGAAUCUAUUACAGGUGUUUAUAAACGUGUAGGAUACAUCUCAUGGGAAAGCAAAACUAAUAAAACAAGUCCAACCCAAUUCAUCAUCAUUUUCACGAAUGGAAUCGAUAUUUGUUACAGGAAUACGAACGAACAAAAUAAUUGAAACAAAAAAAAACAAUAGAGACGGAUUUUGAGUGAAGGAUUUAUCACGGAAAAUGAUCAUUUUACCAUUUGAAAAAAAGCAACAUACAAGUUAUUAUAUCUCGUAACCACAGGACAAUAUCAACAUGAGACGUGAAUCUUUUAUACACAAUUAGCUCCUAAAAGUUAGAAUACAGAUAAAAAAAAGAGAAAUAGCACAGUCAACAAUGCCGUUAAUUAGGAUAACGGAUACUAAUAACCUAUACAAAUAGAUGACGGCGACGCUAUUCUGAUGUGAGAAAAAAAAUCUGCAAAAAGAUUCUCGUCAAUAAAGUCAACAUUUUUUCUCAGUCUAGAGCUUUUUCUUUAAUUUAGUUUUUAAAAAUUCCUUUCAACGACGUUUUUGAAUACGUUUCUUUUGAUGUUCUACUGAUUUUUAUUUAUCGUCAAUUGAUGUAAAGAACUUCAAAAAAUAUAUAAGAUUUUUCCGUAGUUCCAACACAUUUCGAUUGGUGUUUUUGAAGAAAUUGCACGUUUUUCUAGUCUUGUUUUAUCUUAAGCACCAGAUCUAAGAGGUGACAAGAAUCACUAAUAGAUAACGUUGGUCAAAAUUCAUUGGAAAUUAAACGUGGGAGAAAAUUGGCUACACUCUAACAAGAAUCACAAUGUGCACAUUUGGUAGCUAAAAUUUACAAAUUUGUAAUGGAAAUUUACACAAUGCAAACAACAGUAAAAAAAACACUGGAAAAGAACAUCAAAACUCAAUGAAAAUAUGCUCCAUACUCUAUAUUGUGAGUUGCGGUUGAGGAGUCAAAUAAGAAAAAAAUAAGAGACGCAUCUAGAAGAACCUAGCUUGUUAUUCUGAAAUAAAAAAAAUCGCAACUAGCUUCAAUUUUGCAUACAGCUAUAAAACAAUAAACAUUUAAGACAAUUAAGCUAAAACUAAUGCAAAAUUUUGAACAUGUAAGAUAAAGAAAGUAUUAAAAAACAGUCCUAUCAAUCGGAUACAUAUACAACCGAAUAUUAUUUUAGAAAAAAUAUGAUAAGGCUAACCACUAACAUUAUUUAUCAUUUGUAUUUUAUCGAAAUUGGAAAUAAAAUUUUGUUGAGACAAAAUUUCAAAACAAUUGGUAUUUUUAUUCAAAAUUAUUUUUGAAAAUUUAUGUUUUAAUAUUUGAUUUCUCUCUGAUCCCUUAAACGUUAAAAAACGGUGUCAAGACUGAAUAGAGUAAUCUAAAAAAAACGAAACGGAUGGUAUUGUUAGUGCUAAUGAGCACUAAAAAUUUCAGCUGCGUUAGUUCGCAAAGUGUACACUUUCUGUUUGCUCUGUUAUAUCUAUUUUUAAGUGACCUCUAA